AUGAAUAAUUAUAUUAAAAGAAGCUUUGGCAUAAUAAAGGAUAUUAUAUUUGCGAGAACACAAGCCUAUAAUCUUAUACAACAUCCAGAAAUUUUAUGUAUUGCAAAACGAUUCUUGUGUCCUGGCUUGGAAACUAUAGAUGCAAAUAUGAUUCAAAAAAUGAAUGUAAAAAAUGAGUCUUCAAUAUUAAGUACAAAGGAAAAUAAUAUUUAUAUUGUUAAUAGUGAAAUCGGAGCCUUCUCAUACACCAUUGGAAUGUCUAGUACUCCUUGGCCAGAUGAUCGAAUAGUUUAUGCUUACAUAGCACUUGGCUAUAUUUCUGAAAACAGAUCAUUCUAUGCAUCAUUAUAUGCACAACCAGCAAACAAAAACACACACACAGAAAUAGAAAUAUCAAGCGACAAUUUCAAUAAAACAUUAAGUAAUAGUUUAAUUAAUGAAACAUUAAGCGAUAGUUUAAUUGAUGAAACAUUAAGCGAUAGUUUAAUUAAUGAAACAUUAACAAUAGUUUAA